UGAAUCUGCGACUUUCCAUUAUGAACAAAGCAUGGUUUCCAUGUUUAUUGUUGAGUAUCAGCCUUGUGUUUGCAGUUGAUCCCCCGCUUGAAACCUACAAUGUAGACCGUUCCAGUCUCUCUGUGUCCGGGGUGUCGUCUGGAGCCAUCAUGGCGUCACAACUUCACGUCAUCUACUCCAGUAGGAUAAUGGGAGUUGGCAUAGUAGCGGGAGUGCCUUUUGCGUGUUCGGGUGGUACUCUGGCUGGAUUGGCAACCUGUAUGAAGACGCCGUCCCUAGAAUCCGUGUACACAUUUGAAGCUCUGGUCUCAUCCGGGGCACUGUUUGGUAAUGUGGACGCCACGUACCAUAUGCGCCAUGACAAAGUAUUCAUCUUUAACGGAAUAGAGGACUCAGUUGUACAUCCAGGCAACGGUCCAAACAUCGCACGUUUUUACGAGCAUUUCAUCCAUGACAGCCACAAUAUCAAGAAGGUCUUUAAUAUGCACACUGAACAUUGCAUGCCAACGGAUAAAAUAGGUGGACCCUGCACAGUUCUGUCAAAAACCAACUUCCUGAACAACUGUGGAUAUAACGGAGCGUUCGAAAUCCUAAACUUUAUCUAUGGGGGCCACUUAAGAAGGCCAUCGCAAAAUACGACUGCGGCUGGAGAGCUGAGGAAGUUUGACCAGGCUGCAUUUUUUGCUGCGCCUCCAAUAACAUACAGCUUAGAUAACACGGGAUAUAUUUAUAUACCAUCAAGAUGUCUGGACAAGUCCCACAAAUGUAAACUCCAUGUCGCUUUGCAUGGCUGUGCCAUGGGCAGACAUUACAUUAAUGAGGACUAUGUCAAGCAUGGGGGUUAUAAUGAGGUAGGGGAGAUAAAUGACAUCAUCAUCCUGUACCCCCAGGUUACUCCUAUCACCCUCAACCCCUACGGCUGCUGGGAUGGUUACGGAUACACAGGAGCAUUGUUUGCUACUAACAAGGGUUUCCAGGAGGAGGGCCUCAGACGUAUGAUGAAGCAGGUCAUGGGGGGAUGGUGAGGGUCACGUGACAGUUAAAUAAGAUGGUCUACAAAAGGGAUGACAUUUCAUUUUUUAAUAGAUAAUUUCAUUUCAUCGACAGGCACAGAAUGUAGCUUUAUACACCAAAUGUACCUUUGGUUAUAUUAUUUUCUUGAAGAGGUUUGAAUUAAUAGAAAAAGCAAAACAGAAAACAGGCCUACAGCAUUCAGUUAGGCAAAAAAGUUAGCUAAAAAACUGUACUUCGGUGCAAUUUAAGGGGACAUUUCUCUUGAAUUGCUUUUGUAUAAAGGAGAUAAUUUCAUGAUCAGACAUCUUAUGAAAGCAUCACCUACAUUUCAAUAUUUGUUGAGGUUAUACAUUCCAGGGUAAGGGCUACCAACAAUCUGAUUAAAAUCAGAUCCUCGAUGCUCCUUUUUUAACGAUAUGUUGCU